CAAAAUUUCAACGAAAUGUGUAGUCUUAAGGGGUUUCUUGCCUUAGGAUGCAUAAUUUUAAGCUUCCUUUCAAUUCUAGAAAUAAUCUAUUCAGUGACUUUUGUGAUUAAAUACUUCGAAGAGUUUACAAACUUCAAUUUGACAAUUACUGUGAUUUUGAACAUUGCUAUAGCAUUCUUUGGUGCUUUAAUGAUAAUUGGAGUAAUUCAAUCAAAUGUUCAACUUCUUAUCACUUGUUUCAUCUAUUUUUUAAUGGAGUUUGGAAGGUGCAUGGUCGGAAGUUUUGAUAUGUGCAGUCAUGAUUCGGAAACAGCUGAAAAGCUUUUUGUAGUCUUUGAUACUGGACAUGCUGCAUGACGUGUUAAAUAUUCUAAAAUCAAAAGACAAAUCAGACAUUCUAUAAAUUCAACAGACUUCAAAUAAAGAGUACCUCGAUCACCAGAAGAACUCAAGUUAUACCAAAAUACAGCAGUGCCUUUAACUGGAGGUACAUAAAUACGAAGCAGCGGAAAAACAGUUCCACCACCCUUUUCAACGUCUGAAAGCUAAAAUAAACUAUUUUUUAAAACAAAUUU